AAUUUGCAAUAUUGACUGUGGGAUGAUUCAGAAGUUAACAUCUAUUGCCGGUAGAGACCCUAAGUUACAAUGGUUUUGUGUAAUAAUGAUUUAACAAUUAAUGAUAAAUAAUCUUUAAAAAGAUUUAGACAUAAGUUGUCUAAAAUUAACAAGUGGAAGCCGUAUUAGUUGGUUCAUUAUAAAACUUGGUUGAUGAAUAAAAACAGCACACGGGAGUUUUUCAGCUAACUAGCAGCACGUUUAUAUUGACAAUUUAACCUGGCUGGAGGGACGAUGGAAGCUGAACCGGAGAACUGUCCGGGAGUUGGUACAGAGAAUGCAGGCAAAUCUAGCGCUUGCGCUGGUUGCCCCAAUCAAGCAUUAUGCAGUGAUCCAAAUACCAAAUUUGAAGAUCCCGGGAAAGCGCUUGUAGCUGAAGCAAUGCGUGAAGUCAAACAAAAACUGCUCAUCCUUUCUGGGAAAGGUGGUGUUGGCAAAAGUACUGUCACUACUUUAUUAUCACGUUACCUAUCCCGCAAAUACCCCGAACAUAAUUUUGGAGUUUUAGACGUUGAUAUAUGUGGCCCAUCGCAACCGCGUUUGCUUGGUGUUGAGGGAGAAAAUGUACACCAGUCGGGUUCUGGAUGGUCACCAGUUGGUGUGGAUGACAAUUUAUGCCUUAUGUCAAUUGGAUUUCUUCUCGGUUCACAAGACGAUGCCAUCAUUUGGCGGGGUCCUAAAAAAAAUGGCAUGAUUCGCCAAUUUUUAAGUGAAGUAGACUGGGGAAAAUUGGAUUUGCUAUUAUUGGAUACACCACCUGGAACUUCAGAUGAACAUUUAAGUAUUGUGUCAUAUUUACGAAAUAAUGAGGCUCCUGAUUCUUUAAAAGCUUUAAUAGUAACAACACCACAAGAAGCUUCUUUAUUGGAUGUGCGAAAAGAAAUAAAUUUUUGCAAGAAACAGAAUUUGCCUAUAUUGGGUGUAAUAGAGAAUAUGUCUGCAUUCCGUUGUAGUUGUGGAGAAACGUCUGAGAUAUUUCCAGCAAAAACAGGGGGCGCUGCAGCGAUGUGUUCGGAAAUGAAUGUACCGUAUUUAGGUGCACUGCCAUUAGAUCCGGAAGUGACUAAAGCUUGUGAUUUGGGUGAAGACUUAACUAACAUAACAAAUUCAACUACAGAUGCUCUAGUCAGUAUCUGUCAAAAAAUUAUUGAGACUUUAGAAAUUAAAGAAGUCUAUUAAAGUUUAUAUAAAAUAAAGUUCAAAGCACGAGGGGAAAAUAAAAAGAUAUGUACUUUUUCCA